AUGCUAAAGAGGCUCUGUACCCCAGUGUACUGCAGGUACAAGUUCCAUAAGACUCCAGUUCACGAGACGGACAGGCAGCCCCAUGGAACCCACGUCUACUUCCAGGACAUCAAUGUCAUCCUCCUUGGGGCACUGUGUCCUCAUGACUUGAAAGAAUACCUAGAAGGUCCCCCCAUGAUGGUGGAAGUUCAUGACCGUGACCUCAAGUCAGAGGAGUAUUCCCAGAAGCCUACUCUGUUUGGGGAGGACCCCCUGGAUACAUGCCUCAAUCUCCAGGGGCUCAUCUCUCCCAAGCAGACAGAGAACAACCCCUUUGACUCCUACAACAAGAUGUGGCAUCCUUACGGGGUGGCCCAGGUCAGCUUUGCUGACCUCCUUUUUGGCCACACGUACCUGAACCUGUUUGUUCCCAUCCACAGCUGUAAACCCAAGCCCACAGGCCAAGGGCAGGACAGCAGGAACAGGAAGGUGGUGGGGUUUCGUGUUCCAACAAAUCAUCUCCAGGAUGGCCCAAUGCCCAUGGGCAACUACCUGGAGGCAAACUCCUUCCUCAAGCUGCGAGUGGACCUUGCAGUGCCACUGCGACUUACGGCUGAAGGCCCUGACCGAGACUUGGUGGGCACCCAGUUUGGCCUCAUCAUUUUCGUGUUUGACUCCAGGGACACCUUCCUCUUCCACAGUCUGCUGCAGGACAUCACCAUGAUCAAUGCCAAAGCCCUUGAGCUGGACUCCUAUCCUCUCAGGAACAUCCAGCAGAUCCUGUCAGCCUUUAAGGUGCGAGUAAAGGUCCAGGACCAGCAGGACCUGGAUGUUUUGACUGGUUUCCAUCUGCUGGAUGGGAAGGUGCACCUCUUCAUUCUGGAAGGCGUGGCUGACCAAGGCUUAAGGCAACUAUGGGAGUGCCACCAAAGCCAAAUUCCCAAAUCUGAGCGCAGAAAAUACAAGGUGCUCUACAACUCUAAGCUCUGGUUCCAGCACCGCUUCUUCGCAGACCUGGAGACCAUCUUGUACCACGUGCACCUCUUCAAGCCCCUGUCACUCCUCGUGAGGAACUCCCAACUCUAUGUCCGGAAUUCAGUGCCGCAGGACACCUUCCAGGCCCUGGUCAGGCUCCACUACAUCUGUCAUCACAGCACCAAGCUCAGGGAUGUGGUCACAAGAGACCUACUGCCUUCCUCUGCCAUGAUCAAAUCCUUGAGUCAGGAGUUUGGGACGCCCAUUUCACAAGAAGAGCUUUCAGAUGAAAAACUAUUGGCCCUACCACCUCAACCUGCCCCCAAUCUAGAAGACUUCAGUAGUCGGAAGUUCACCCUUAUUUCUGACAUUCACACCCACCAGGAGCCAAGGAGAAGGUUCACAUACUCGCAGGAUUACCUUUCAGCUAUGGUGGAACCUUACAACUGGGAAGCAGAGCAGAAGAAAGCAGAGAAGAAAUCUCGCCAAGCCUGGCUCACUGCUAAUGGAUUCCAAGUACCGGGUCUUCACUGUAGCCAUCAUUCCAGGCUGCCACCUGUUAGCCACACCAAAGAACUAAACGAGGAGUGGAAAGAAAAUGCACUGUAUGCUAACGUGCUGAAGCCUGUGUUGGACCGGAAGAGCUGGGGCUGGGCCCAGCGUCAUGUGGACUUUGAUCUAUACAAGAAGCCACCCACUUAUCUGGAGCUGCCCCCUUCUCCAGCACUGAAACCCAAAACAGAAUAG